UCGACGUCCACGGCUUGCCUGCCUAUCGUGCACUUGUGCUCGCACCUCCACCGUUGAUCGACUUCGGCUGCUCGCCCCAUGGCCAUGGGUCCCAACCUUUCAACCUAACACAAUCUUCUGUCGGUAUCCACCAUCCUUCUUCAACCCAUCGCAAACCCCGCCUUCUAGCCUCCUUCUUCCUUGCUCGUCUUUUCCUUGUACAAGGCUUGCACCAACAACAUGAUUCCUUAGCCUUUGCCUUACGUUUCCUUCGGGCUCGCUUGGUCUUGCGUUUCUUAGGCUUAAGCUUGGAUUGUGGACCACAUUCUUUCGGCCAGUCCCUUUUGCAUGAAGGUCGAUAUAUCGGGAUUGAUGGCUCCUCCAGCAUGUUUUCCAGCCAUAUGUUGAGGUCGUCGCCAUCCUCAUCUUCGGACUCGCCUGGGUUGAUGACCACUUCCGUAUCAUUCCCCUCCUCUUCAAGACUUUCCUUGUCCUCAAGGAUUAGAAAGUUCAGCGCACCAUCAUCUUCAAUGUU